GCGUGUGCCUGCCCACGUGCGCAGGUGCAGCCAUGACGGUGUCGUACACGCUGGAGGUGGCGGACGCCCGCUUCGGGGGCUUCUCCAAGCUGCUGUUCCGCUGGAAGGGCAGCAUCUACAAGCUGCUGUACAAGGAGCUGCUGGUCUUCGCCCUGCUCUACACCACGCUCAGCCUCGUCUACCGGCGGCUGCUGAGCGAGGAGCAGAAGCGCCUGUUCACCAAGGUGGCCCAGUACUGUGACCGCUCCACGGACCUCAUCCCCCUCUCCUUCGUGCUAGGCUUCUACGUGACGCUGAUCGUGAACCGGUGGUGGGCGCAGUACAGCAGCAUCCCGCUGCCCGACCAGCUCAUGUGCGUCAUCUCCAGCACCGUGCACGGGCGGGACGAGCGGGGCCGGCUGCUGCGCCGCACGCUGGUGCGCUACGCCAACCUGUCCGCCGUGCUCAUCCUGCGCUCCGUCAGCACCCGCGUGCUCAAGCGCUUCCCCACCAUGGACCACAUCGUGGAUGCAGGCUUCAUGACGCAGGACGAGCGCAAGAAGUUCGAGAGCCUCCACUCGGACUUCAACAAGUACUGGGUGCCCUGCGUGUGGUUCACCAACCUGGCGGCCCAGGCCCGGCGCGACGGGCGCGUGCGGGACGACGUCGCCCUGCGCCUGCUCCUGGAUGAGCUGAACCUGUACCGGGCCAAGUGCAGCCUCCUCUUCCACUACGACUGGAUCAGCAUCCCCCUGGUGUACACCCAGGUGGUCACCAUCGCCGUCUACUCCUUCUUCGCCUUCUGCCUCAUCGGGCGGCAGUUCCUGGAGCCGCUGGAGCCGGGCGCCACAUCCACCCUGGACAUGUAUGUGCCCCUGCCCACGCUGCUGCAGUUCUUCUUCUACGCCGGCUGGCUGAAGGUAGCCGAGCAGCUCAUCAACCCCUUCGGGGAGGACGACGACGACUUUGAGACCAACAAGCUCAUCGACAGGAACCUGCAGGUGUCCCUGCUCUCCGUGGACGACAUGUACCAGAACCUGCCCCCCAUGGCCAAGGACAAGUACUGGGACGAGUCCACAGCGCUGCCCCCCUACACUGUCGCCACAGCCGCCGAGACCCUGAAGCCCUCCUUCCUGGGCUCCACCUUCGACAUGCGGAUGAGCGAGGACCCGGAGCAGAGCCAUCAAGUGGAGGCCUCGCCCGCGCUGCCCCGCGCGCACACGCCGCUGCUCAGCCGCUUCCUGGGUGCCGCGCCCUCGCCCGCCAUCAGCCUCAAGAACUUCGGCAAGACGGCACGCGGACACCCGCACCUGCUGCGCCGCUGGGGCGACAGCUCCCCGUCCCCCCGCACCACCCGCGGGGACGACCCCGAAGCCGUGGCGCGCAUCGAGGAGGAGGAGACGGAGGACGAGGGCAGCCAGACCAACGCGUCCCCUGCCCCCUGCGCCCGGGCACCCAACCGCCUGCAGCCCCCCGAGAUCCGGGUGGAGCUUGUCCCCGACAACAGCUCCAGCCCCGACUCCUCGGCGGCCUAGAGCAGGGGCCUGGGACCCCCUCCGGCCCCCAGAGAGCCGCAGCCUGGGCCCGAGCUAGGCUGAAGCACGCGCCUGGCUCCCAGCACAGCCGGGCAUCGAAUCCCCCAUACAACCCUGCCUGGGGCUGGGGUGCUCGGAGCUGCACGGCGGGGACAUGCUCAUCUCAGAGGGGGCUAUGUGUUAGCCAGAUACCGGUCCCAGGCCUGGGUCUGCAGGGGACCAGGCGGCAAAGCAAGGGGCACAGAAAUGUCCCGCAGUGGGUGCAGGCCGUGGCUCCCUCCUUUGCCUGUUAGAGGUGCGACGCUCGGGGCGCUGUCUGCGCUAAACAGACCCAGGCCUGGCCCAGCUCUGAGCUGCCCCGAGCUGUCAGCAAGGCCCUGGAUUAGCCACGCUCCCCCACUGCUCUGUGCCCCCUACUAGACUCUACCCUCUGCUUUGUCACCCUUGCAACUGAUUUCCAAUAAAGGCCUGGGCACAGGGCACU